AUGUCUGAUAAAUGUUCAAAGCUUAAUGCUUAUGUUGUUGAAUUAGAACACGAACUCAAAAAGAUUGAUGCUUUUAAGCAUCAACUUCCCAUCUGCAAUCUUCUCUUGAUCAAAGCUAUCGAGAAAUUGAACGAGGAACAAAUUGCGGGAUGUAAAAAGAAGGAGAUUUCGCAGGGAAAUGUUGAAUGGUUACAGGCGGAGGAUAAUUCUGGUGAUAUGGAUAUGAAGAAUUGGAUGAGCUCUGUGACUUUGAGUCUGAAACCAGAGGAGGAAGAGGGAAUAAUGAAAGAAGAGAAGGGAAAUGGUGGUCAAAUCUUGAAUUUUAAUAAGGAUAUGAACAAAAGGGAAUUUCUGCAGUUUAAGAGGAAUGAUAAUUCUUUGAUAGGUUAUAGUGAUAUUAACAACUACAAUUGGAAUGGGGAAAGAAAGGUUAAUGUUGAUCGUGAGAUGAUAUCGGAGUGUAAGUCAUAUACUAAGAAGAAACAAAGGCGAUGUUGGUCGCCUGAGUUACAUCGAUUGUUUAUCGAUGCACUUAAUCAACUCGGAGGACCACUAAGGGCCACUCCGAAAUAUAUUAGAGAUAUAAUGCAGGUGGAAGAUCUAACUAAUGAUGAAGUGAAGAGCCAUUUGCAGAAGACGGGUGAAAUAAGACGGACCCCCUCUAUCGUUAAAGUUUUCAAGGGGACCCGUACCCCAAAAGCUACAAAAGAAAACCCCAACCCGAUUUCAGACGAACGAGCGCAAAAGAAGAUUGCAGAGAUGGAGGAAGUAAGAAGUAAUGAACCAGAUAUCUUUGACACCAACUUGACGAAGAAAGUGUACGGACGCCAAAUGCAUGGGACAGUGAUCGGUAUGGGAUCCGACGUCCGAACCACACAAGAGGAUCGUCGGAGUGGAAACAAUUCUCAAUGA